AUCUUUAGCAAGCUUGCUAGCUUUCAAAAUCCAGAGACUCUAGGAAUAACCCAGAGAUGGCUAUUGAGUUAAUCAAUGAUACCAUCUUGAAAGCUUCUCCCUCGUCAGAGCAUCCCACCUCCAAUGCUCUGGUGCCUCUCAGCAUCUUUGACAAAGCAGCCUUUGAUCUCCAUGUCCCCAUCUUAUACGCCUUCCGGGCACCUGUGCCGUCUAACGAAGCCAUGAGAGAAGGACUCUCCAAAGCCCUAGCUCACUACCCCCACCUCGCCGGUCGGUUCACGACUGACGAUCAAGGCCGCACCUGCAUCAUUCUGAACAACGCCGGUGUCCGGAUAAUUGAGACUUACGUUCCAAUCACACUGGCAGAGCAGCUCCCCUUCACUCCAGAUUCAGAGGUUGGCAAUCUCCUCCCACCCCUGGAAGGUGUUGAAGAAUUGCUUCAAGUUCAGCUAAACCGAUAUGCCUGCGGUGGGCUCGUGCUAGGUCUAAGUUCACACCACCGUGUAGCUGAUGGUCAAUCCAUGAGCUACUUCACCAUCUCAUGGUCGAGCUUAGUGCGAGGACUUGACAUCGAAGCAUUUCCCUAUCACGACCGAGAUUCUGUUUCUGUCCCAAGAAACCCACCUAGAGUUGAGUUUGACCACCCUAACAUCGAGUUCAGAAAGAACACUUCAUCAAACACCAAUGAACUUUCAUCCUCCAUUACCAACUUGAUUGUCCAUCUCUCAGCUGAUUUCGUAACCAAGCUUAAAGCAAAGGUGUGCCAAGGAAACAAACGUUACAGCACUUUUGAGUGCCUCCUUUCACAUUUGUGGAAGAAGAUGACACAAGCCCGGGGGCUGGAGCGGGAUGAGUUCACCCAAGUCAGAGUGGCGGUGAACGGCCGAGCACGAAUGAAGCCGCCGGUGCCCAUGGAGUACUUCGGCAACUUGGUGCUCUGGGCCUACCCAAGAUUGAGGGUGAAGGAGUUGUUAAACGAGAGCUGUGCUUAUGUGGCUAAGGCAAUUCACGAGGCCGUGGCUAAAAUUGACCAUGAAUACUUCCAGUCAUUCAUUGAUUUCGGUGAGUUAUCGAAAGGAAAAGAAGAUGAGCUGGUGGCGACGGCACCGGAGGCCGGAAACGCAUUGUGCCCCAACUUGGAGGUGGAUAGUUGGUUGAGGUUCCACUUUCAUGAUCUUGACUUCGGUGGGGGAGCGCCCUGUGCUUUCAUGCCCCCAGAUUUGCCUGUUGAAGGCUUACUAGUCUUCGUUCCUUCUUGCAAAGAGAUCGGUGGUGUGGAUGUGUUCCUUGCGCUGUUGGAUGAGCAUGUCGAACACUUCAAACAAAUUUGCUACGCUUUGGAUUGAAGCCACAAGUGGGGGUGGAAAUGAUAUCUGAAGCUGCUACUUCUUAUUUCAUUGUUAUUAUUUUAUUUUCUUUGCGAUGUAGAGGAUGAUUUAUUUAUUCCUUUUUGGGUCCUCUCAGUCCCUUUUGGAGAACCCAAUAUUAAUUUGUAGUUAUAUAAUAAGGAUACUGAAGUGUAUCCUUUGUUUAUUUUAAUAUUAUUUUAACUGAUUAAGUUGUAUAAUCAUAAGAGAAUUGAAAGCACAGCUAUAUAUUUUAAAUUGUA